AUGACCUCGCAGGGCGAUGGGGCAGGUCAACCUCCUAAUUUGCAAUCCUCACUUCCUUCCCUCGACGUUCGAAAGAUUAGAGCAAUCGACGAAUCGCCUGAAAAUUCGACAUCGAGCCUACCUUUCCGACCUGCCAGUCCGGCAGUCUUAGGGUCAAGAUCUAGUACUCUAUCUGGCUUUCUCUCGCGCUCAAACUCUCCAAACGGCAGGUCGUCACUGUCUUUGGCCCGCUUUGGGCGCUCUUCAACAGCCAGUCCACUAUCCAGUGUCGCAGACGGCAAUGACGAAAUACGAACCUUGAUUGUACGCUCUUUCUCGCCCGUCGUUGGCGUACUCGCUUCACGUGAAACGGAUGCGCUGGCAGAAGAGAAAGGCUUCAAGAAUGGGUUCGUGAGUCUGUUGCAGCCAUAUGGAGAGCGAAUUACAGGGAAGGUGGUAGUAAGAGACAGCACAGGCGCAAGCCGCUCAUGGGACGACUUUGGCGUCAAAUUUGUCGGCCUAGGCGCUGCCGUUCAAGAGCGGGCUACGAAAGGAUCUGAGAUACUUGAGAAUGUGGAAGACCUGAUCGAACACUACCUAGAGCAGCAUACUGGAGAAUUUGUUGCUGGCUUUCAGGAAAUAUCGCCUUAUUACCGACUGCUUCUCAGCAGACUUGCGUCUUCUCAACCACCAUCUCAGCAUGAAACUCUGUCACAUCCCGUUGCUGCGAUUAUAGCUAUUAGCUCAUCUACAGCAAAUCCAAUAGAGACUCUUAGGAAUCUUUACUCCCAAAGUGCGCAGGGCAGCUUUGCAUCACCUCCUUACAUCAACCCUGAAUAUUUGCGCUACUACCUGCUCGUCCACGAUGAUGACAAAGACGACCUUGCGAAGUCGUCAGCACUGUUCGAUCAAAUGAAGAGGCACUUUGGCCUGCAUUGUCACCUGCUCAGACUUCGCUCUGCCAUAUGUGCACAAGAUGACGAAGAUGGGGAGGAAGUGCCACAACAAGAAUGGAUCGCGGCUUCGACAGAACUCUCUAAACUGCAAAAGACGACACAAUUGAUUGAGCUGGACGAAAAUCCAAUAGCCACAAUUUUCUCGACAGAUGCCGCGAACAUACGCACUUUUGCUCGAGAACUUGUGUCACAAUCCAUCGUGCCACAUAUGGAGCAAAGGAUCAGUCUAUGGAACGAACAGAUCGCGUCUCGCAGAAGGGGUAUAUCCGGUCGCUUCAUGUCGCUCUCGAAACGUUGGGGUGGCAUAGGCCUUGGAUCAUCGCGUAACUCUUCAGCGACCAGUCUUGCGGCUCCAACCUCGAGCAGUGGCAAUUAUGAUUCUAUACAAGGCUACUACCGUUGGGAUACAUCAGAGGCCUUUCUGCGCAAGAUGGCAGAUUUUGCUACUAUGCUCAGAGAUUAUAAGCUUGCUGCGUCUACCUAUGACAUGCUCCGCUCAGACUACAGUAAUGACAAAGCGUGGAAGUAUUUGGCUGGUGUCAAUGAGAUGUGUAGCAUAACGACUCUUCUCAAUCCACUCCUCUCGAGCUCAACCACUUCCUCGAGCGGUAAAUCCCUUCCAAAACUGGAAACCUUCGAUACCAUGCUCGAGGCUGCAUCAUAUUCAUACUUAACACGGUGCAAUGAGCCUGCUCUAGCCUUGCGAUGUGUUCUGCUUACUUGCGAGCUCCUAAAAGUCCGCGGUCGACUCGCAUCCGAGCUAGCAAGCAAAUGGGCCAUCCGCACACUGGAAAUGAAUCUAGCACCUCAGAGCACGAACACUCACGUCCUCAUCUCCGAGCGCAUAGCAAGCUGUUACGCCGGUAAUCGUCCCUCUUCCGCAGCAGCUACAACAGCCCACACCAUAUCUUCUAAUAGCUAUACACUCUCCCACCGCACGCGCCAUGCAGCUCUAUGGUCCCUAACCUCAGCCGAAGAAUGGAUGAAACUAGGCCGAGCACCCUUCGCAGCAGCCCGCAUCGACGACGCCCAAGAACUCUACGAACGACUCAGACAUCACGAAGCGGCAAUGUACGGCUUCAAGGAGAUGCAUACCUUCAUGAACGAUCUCAGUCUCACGGUACGCAUGAAACUCGGCCAGGCGAGACAGAGAGGUCUCAGUGGGACGAGUGCUACGGGGCGACUGGUUGAGCCCGAUAGAGGAGAUACUCCUGGCAGUACGGGUGAUCCAUUGGGUGCCGGUAGUAUGGACGAGAUCGAGGAACAGCCUCAGGUUGAGAAGAUAGAUACGAGACCGGUGAGGGGAGGGGGUGUUUAUCAUGGACAUCAUCGGAGUUUGACUCUGAACAAUACUAGCGUGGCUGAACCGGUGGUGGCACUUGGACCGACGAGCCCGGUGAGGACGAGAGGGGACCCGCUUCAGGCUGAUCAGGUCGAUGAUGGGUUUGAGUAG